AUGCCAUUCAACUGCAACAUCAACCAGGCAAUCUCGAUCAGAAAAGCUGCCACUGGAGAUUGGGUCGCAUUUGGAGAUAUCAAGAACACCCACUGGGGAGCAGACAUUGAAAACAGGUUCAAGGCGCACUUUACCAUUUGGAUUGCCUCAGACAGCAUUGGCAGAAAUCUCAGGACACUCAAAGAGCAUCUUCCUUUGUCAGGAUACCUCAAAACGGUCAACAUUCAGAUGAGACCACACAAUCUACGAGAAAGUGUUAGUAAGUCGGUAGGAUUCCUUUUGGGUGCUAACCCAGAGAGAACUUACCGCAUUGGAGUUGCUGCUGACAUGGAAGCACAUUUGAAGACCCAUAUGGGCAACAAGGUGCCACCUUUCAAUAUUCAACGCACAACUGUACGCUGUGAAACCACCAGGUCUGACACAGUGUCCAUGUUUGUUGGUGAAAAAGACUUAAACAGAGUAACAGAGAUUCUCAAGAAACAUCCCUUCAAAGGACCCCAGAUCAUCUUCAGUGAUACCAAAUCCAACAAGGAAGACUUCGAGAAAAACCUUAAGGUCAACAAUGAAAUCAUCAAAAGGUGUGGAGCGGUGAAAGUGAUUGGAGCAAACGGUGACAUCAUUGAAGCACUGAAAACUGUGGCAGAACAAAACAAAGCUCUCAACAUCAUCCACAUCUCGACCACAAGUCACACCAAGGACAUUGGAACAAAAAGGAUGAAGUGCAUCAGUUCAUACAGCAGUCAAUCCAGAAUCAUUGCACUAACAAUCCCGACAUCCAAGCACCAAUCUUUGUUCCCCUUAGUCGGGAUGACCGCACCGUGCAGACCCAACAAACCAGAGCAACAAAGGCAACCACAAUCACCAAAUUCGACUUUCUUCUGUCAUCGGCAGUUUCAGAUCAACCCCAACAAAAUCCCAUGA